CAUCGUACCGGAAGUUCCGACGUGUGUAAGAGGUGUAGGUUGACACCGUGGAGGAAAUUCUGUGUAUUGUCUGCUAGUAUAUUACCAGCACAGCAUAUACUUUAUGCUUAAAGGGAAUAAAGAUGCUGACGAAGUUUGAGACGAAGUCAGCGCGUGUGAAAGGUCUUUGUUUUCACCCAAAAAGACCAUGGGUCCUGGCAUCUCUUCACAAUGGGGUGAUUCAGUUGUGGGACUAUCGUAUGUGCACACUCAUUGAUAAAUUUGAUGAACAUGAUGGACCUGUUCGUGGCAUCUGCUUCCAUCAGCAACAACCAUUAUUUGUUUCUGGUGGGGAUGAUUACAAAAUCAAGGUGUGGAACUACAAGCAGAGGCGUUGUCUCUUUACUCUCUUGGGACAUCUUGACUACAUUCGAACAACAGUAUUUCAUCAUGAAUACCCCUGGAUACUAAGUGCUUCUGAUGACCAAACUAUAAGGAUCUGGAACUGGCAAUCGCGAAACUGCAUCAGUGUGCUGACAGGACACAGCCAUUAUGUAAUGUGUGCCCAGUUUCAUCCAUCAGAGGAUUUAGUGGUUUCUGCUUCACUGGAUCAAACAGUCAGGGUAUGGGACAUCUCUGGUCUACGGAAGAAAAAUGUAGCACCAGGACCAGGUGGCUUGGAAGAUCGAUUGCGAAGUCCAGGGCAGGCUGAUUUGUUUGGCACAAGUGAUGCCAUUGUCAAGCAUGUGCUUGAGGGCCAUGAUAGGGGGGUUAAUUGGGCCACCUUCCAUCCUUCUCUCCCAUUGAUUGUGUCAGGUGCAGAUGAUCGGCAAGUCAAGCUGUGGAGAAUGAACGAGUCCAAGGCCUGGGAAGUGGACACAUGUCGAGGUCACUACAACAAUGUAUCUUGCUGCAUUUUCCAUCCCCGCCAGGAACUUAUCCUGAGUAACUCAGAGGACAAGAGUAUUCGUGUGUGGGAUAUGAGCAAAAGGACUGGUGUUCAGACAUUCAGGCGAGAACAUGACAGAUUCUGGGUGAUAGCUGCACAUCCGGUCCUCAACCUCUUUGCUGCAGGCCAUGACAAUGGCAUGGUCAUCUUCAAGCUAGAGAAGGAACGACCAGCGAUGGCAGUGCAUCAGAAUCUUCUGUUCUAUGUCAAGGACCGCUAUCUUCGUCGGUUGGACUUUAACACAUCCAAAGAUGUUCCCUUGAUGCAGCUUAGAGGGUAUGGGGGAUCGAAGACACCAGUGACAAGUAUGUCAUACAACCCUGCCGAAAAUGCAGUUCUGCUUUGUACGACUGCUUCCAAUGUGGAGAAUAGUACCUAUGACCUCUACAUUGUGCCCAAAGAAUCAGAUGCUCAGAAUCCUGAUGCUCCAGAAGGAAAACGAUCUGCUGGUCUGACGGCUGUCUGGGUAGCCAGGAACAGGUUUGCUGUCUUGGACCGAACUCAUACUAUCAUCAUCAAAAAUCUGAAGAAUGAAAUUACCAAGAAAGUACAGACUUCAAAUUGCGAGGGAGUAUUUUAUGCUGGCACUGGUUGUCUCCUCCUGAAGGAUUCUGAUGCUGUCACUCUCUUUGAUGUCCAGCAGAAGAGGACCUUAGCCUCAGUCAAAAUGUCAAAGGUGAAAGGCGCCAUAUGGUCAGCAGAUAUGUCCCAUGUCGCUCUGUACAGCAAACAUGUCAUCACCAUAUGCAACCGCAAGAUGGAGAGUUUGUGCACCAUUCAUGAGAACAUCCGUGUCAAGUCCGGUGCCUGGGAUGAGAGCAACAUCUUCAUUUAUACGACCAGCAACCACAUCAAAUAUGCUCUCACGAAUGGUGACCACGGCAUUAUACGGACUCUGGAUCUGCCCAUUUACAUCACUCGCAUCAAGGGCACAAGUGUGUACUGUCUAGACAGAGAAUGCCGCCCUCGAGUUCUCAGCAUUGACCCCACUGAAUACCGCUUCAAACUGGCUCUUAUAAACCGCAAAUAUGAAGAGGUGCUUCACAUGGUGCGCAAUGCCAAGUUGGUGGGCCAGUCCAUCAUUGCCUAUCUGCAGAAAAAGGGCUAUCCUGAGGUGGCCCUCCACUUUGUCAAGGAUGAGAAGACUCGAUUUGGCUUGGCUCUUGAGUGUGGUAACAUUGAGAUUGCCUUGGAGGCUGCUCGAGCACUGGAUGACCCUGCCUGCUGGGAGCGGCUUGGGGAGGCUGCCCUCCUACAGGGAAACCAUCAGAUUGUCGAGAUGGCAUAUCAGAAGACCAAGAACUUUGACCGCCUCUCCUUUUUGUACCUCAUCACAGGCAACAUAGAGAAGCUGAGGAAGAUGAUGAAAAUUGCGGAGAUCAGAAAGGAUACCAGUGGACAUUUUCAGAAUGCAUUGCUUUUGGGUGAUGUGUCUGAGCGAGUAAAAAUUUUCAAGAACUGUGGGCAGAAGUCACUUGCCUACCUGACAGCAGCCACUCAUGGGCUGGAAGAAGAAGCAGAAGAACUGAAGCAAAGUUUUGGACCAGAGGAAAGGGUCCCAGACCUGUACCCCAAUGCCCGUUUGCUCCAGCCACCUCCACCCCUGUGUUUGCAGGAGAGCAACUGGCCUCUCUUAACCGUAUCCAAGGGAUUCUUUGAGGGUGCCAUAGCUAGCAAAGGCAAGCAGUCAGCUCUGGCAGCUGCUGUAGAGGACGAGGGAGCUGGAGAAGGAUGGGGUGCUGAUGCAGAACUAGUAUUGGAGGAGGAAGGUGAGUUUGGAAGGGGUGAAGGAUUUGACGAGGAAAUAGUAGCUGGUGGUGACAAAGAGGGAGGAGCCUGGGACAUUGAAGAUGACCUGGAGCUUCCACCUGAUCUGGAUGCUGGACCAAUUACAGGCGCUGCAGAAGAAGGCUACUUUGUACCACCUACCAAAGGCACCAGCCAAGCACAGGUAUGGUGUAACAACUCUCAGCUGCCAGCGGACCACAUUCUGGCGGGGUCUUUUGAGACAGCAAUGAGGCUUCUUCAUGACCAAGUGGGUGUGGUGCAGUUUGAGGCAUAUAAGCAACUGUUCCUGCAGACCUACUCUCGUUCACGCACGUGCUUUGUUGGACUUCCAGCUGUCCCCCCAUUGUUUGGCUACCCACAACGGAACUGGAAAGAAGCAGGAGGGAGAAAUGGUGUGCCUGCAGUGGGCCUCAAACUGUCCGUUCUUGUGCAGCAGCUGCAGGCUGCAUAUCAGCUGACCACAUCUGGCAAAUUUACAGAGGCAGUAGAUCGAUUCCGCUCCAUUUUACUCAGUGUUCCACUUCUGGUGGUGGAGUCUAAGCAAGAAAUUGCAGAGGCUCAGCAGUUGAUUGAAAUAUGCCGCGAGUACCUACUUGGCCUGCAAAUGGAGUCCAAGCGCAAAGACUUACCCAAAGGAACUCUGGAGGAACAAAAAAGACAGUGCGAGAUGGCAGCAUAUUUCACCCACUGUAACCUGCAACCAGUGCAUAUGAUUCUGACUCUACGAACUGCACUCAACCUUUUCUUUAAGCUCAAAAACUUCAAAACUGCGGCUUCUUUUGCACGCAGAUUGUUGGAGUUAGGCCCCAAGCCUGAUGUGGCUCAGCAGACUCGCAAGAUUCUGGCAGCCUGUGAAAAAAACCCCAUUGAUGAGCAGGAACUCAAGUAUGAUCAACACAAUCCUUUUGACAUCUGUGCUGCAAGUUAUACACCUAUUUACAGAGGUAAGCCAGUUGUCAAAUGUCCUCUCAGCGGAGCAUGCUAUCUGCCAGAGUUCAAGGGUCAGGUCUGCAGGAUAACAAAGGUGACUGAAAUUGGCAAAGACUGCAUAGGUCUACGCAUCAGCCCCAUCCAGUUCCGUUAAAUAGCAAAUGUGAUGGCACCUGCGAGUGGAAAGGAUGACGUCAUUGAAAGCUCCUUGACAGUUUUGAUGUCUUAUUUCUUUAAUGGACAUUGCAGUUUCACUUCAUGUUUGAGACACUAUGACUUUGUUGUAAAGUGAUUUGUAUUGCUCAGUGAAGCACCUGAAAACAGCAUGCAAAGAUGGGGAACAUGAAGAAGACAAAAUACUUUUAGAUUAUUCUUUAUUUUGCUUUUCUACUUUUUCUUCGAAAAAAUAGUGUUCAAGAGCAUGUGUAAUCAUCAUGAAAGACCAACGGCUGAUAAAUGUAAGAUUGUUGUGCCCUUUCAAACCCAACUCUGAGACAAUUUGAUGAGAGAGUGUGUUGUAAUUGAUGCAAUGAUGAGUCGCUGUUUGGGAUGCCGUAGCAAACUUGGUUUGCUGACACUGUCAGAGCUGGUCAUCUAUCACUGACCACUUUAUUUUCCCGAAUGUAGCAUUUGUUUGUAAAUUUCAAUUGUAUUCUCUGAUGUUGGGAGGCAAAGCUGAAGAAACUGAAUAACAGGCUUCAGAACCUACUCAUGCUUGAGCUUGUCUUUUGUUCAUGGUUUGUAUAGAGGGAACAGUGCCUCUUAUUUAUGCUUUUAUUGCUGUUCUUUUAGCAUAAAGUGAUUAAAUAAAUGAGCAUUAAAAAUGUUUAUAAUGAAAA